UUUGCCUCACACGCCGGUGGGCUGCGCUCUCGGACAUGGACGCGGCCGGCAGUCCGAGCAGCAGGCCCGCGGGCUCAGCCCCGGCUGUGAUGACCCUGGCGCAGCUCCUGCAGCUGGUCCGGCGGGGCCGGCAGCUCCCGGGCCUCGAAAGGCUUCAGAUCGCGGCGACCCACGACGAACCCACGGCGUCCCAGCUCCCGCGGAGACCCAAGCCUUGGGAGGCCGCGGGCUCGGCCGAGGCCCGCGCGCCGCAGCCCUAG